AUGGAAGGACCCUGCUGGAGCCAGCCCAGUGGGAUGGUGAAUAACGGGAGCUGGCAUCACAAGCUGCUGGGACAUGAGGAUAAUCACUACAACUGGACUGACUGUGAAGCCGGUCACUCGAACAAAGUCCCUGUCACGCUGCUCAUCGCGCUCUGUGGGCUGGCGGGGAACGGUGCUGUCCUCUGGCUGCUCGGCUCCCGCGUCCGCAGGAACCCCAUCACCGUCUACGUCCUCAGCCUGGCCGCCGCCGACUUCACCUUCCUCCUCUCCAUCGCCAUCGCCCUUGUGAUAUUUUACGGCCCCGAGAGCCUUUGUCACAGUCUGGGCUCGCAGGACGUGACAACCGUGUUGAAUAUCACCAUCCUCUCCACUUUCACCGCCAGCAUCUACCUCCUGACCGCCUUCAGUGCCACGACGGCUCUGUCCAUCCUCCCCCCGUCCUGCUGUCCCUGUCACCGCUCCUGGCACCUGCCAGCGCUCGUGUGUGCCCUGCUCUGGGUCCUCUCCUUCCUGCUCACCCUGACCCUCUACUUCUGCCCUGCGGCACUCGCUGUCUUCAUCCUGAGUUACCUCUUAUCGGUCCUUACCCUGAUUUUUUCUGGUCUGACCCUGCUUGCCAGGAUCUUGUGCUGUUCAUGGCAAUAUCCCCCCAGGAAGCUCAGUGCUGUGGUCCUGCUGCCUGUCUUCUUCUUCCCUUUCUUCACCGCUGAUUUUGGUUACUGGCUCUUGCUGAGACUGUUUGAUUUUUCUGUUUUUGUCUUUGAUGCCUCUCUCCCGCUCGCCUGCUUGAACAGCAGCAUCAAACCCGUCAUUUACUUCUUGGCUGGGAGCUGCGCAAAGAAGUUCACACUCUCUGUUAGGGUUGCUUUCCAGCGGGCUUUCGAAGAUGUAUCAGAGCCCCAAAAUAGAGGCGGAACUCCCAGAGAAACUUCCAGCUGUUUAAACCUCUGCAGCCCCUCCCUGAGAGAAGAUGCUCUGGGGAUGGAGGCGUCUCAUGAGCCGGGGCAAGACAAGGACAACGGCUUCGGUGUGGGUCUGGCCGCAGCUGAACGGAAUUAG